AUGGAGGAUUGUUUACUGCUUCAAGGUGACUUAAAUAACCUAAAAGAAUGGUGCUUCCAAAACUUUUUGCCGUUAAAUACAGAUAAAUGUCAGGUUGUCUCCUUCACGCUAUCUCAUAAUUUUCCACAAUUCGAUUAUGAUAUUGAUAAUCAUGUUCUGAAGCGAUGCACGUCUGUAAAGGAUCUUGGUGUGCUCUACGAUUCGAAAUUUACCUUUAAAGAACAUGUUGUUAAUAGUGUAGAUAAAGCUGGUAAGAUGUACGGAUUAGAAUACUGUCCACUUGCUUGGUUCCCCUACUACAAUUAUCAGAUAUUAAUGCUUGAGACUGUACAACGUAAGUUUUUGAAGUAUUUGUAUUUCAAGGAUGAAGGUGCAUGGCCAGCCAGAAAUUACCCACAAGAAGUUUUAUUAGAGAAAUACAACUUUAAUUCCCUUCAAUGCAGACGA